AUGCCCGCGUGGCCGAAGGAUAUCCACUGCCAGGAAAUUCUGGAUGAGGUCAAUCUAGAGAUUGACGAAUGGCUGAAGACAUGCGAAAAGGAGAAGCUGCUGGUGUUGUCCAAGUAUGAGUACUGGGUGUUCUGGUUCGACGACGAAAUCGAUACGGGCGGCGAACUCACAACCGAUGCCGCUGGGACGCGCCGCAUUUGUGACCUGACACACCAGUGUCUCGACGAUUGUCUCAACCCCGAUGCCGCGCAAGCCUGCUUCACCCCGCCGCCAAACUCUCCGGGCACGGUCGAAGUGUUUUACGAAGUGCUCGCGGCCUUGAGACGAGGGAUGGGCCCAACGUCGCUUGAGCGCAUGCGGAUAGAGUUCCACGAGUACGUCGAGGGCGUCGCCCGCCAGCAGGCAGUGAGGCAGGACGAGCGCUUGCCCGACCCGUGCGCAGACGUGGGCGUCAUUCCCUCCAUCACCCACAACGAGUAUGCCAUGGACUUCGAGCUGCCCGACUCCAUUAGGUACCAUGAAGCCAUGGAGACAGUAGUCAUGGAGUGUACGAGGCUGGCCAUCCUGGUCAAUGAAAUCUUGAGUGUGCAGAAGGAAUUUCGCGUCGGUCAGCUGGAGAACAUGGUCCUCUUGAUCAUGAACGCCGAGAACUCUUCUGCCCACGAGGCCAUGUCUAAAAUGGUCGGUCUGAUCAAGAAGCAUUACGCAGCGUGUGAGGAUGCUGUGGCCCGUCUGCCCUGGACUGACGAUGAGGUGACCAACGGGCAUAUCCGCGAGUACGUCGCUGGCUGCCGCCGCCUCGCAACGGGUACCGGGCAUUGGGCGUACUUGUGCACACGCUGCCACAACGUCCCUCAAAGCGUCCUAGAGUCUUGCUCUUACGAUGAUCUAAAGGAGAGGGUCAAGUCCGCUGCAUCGGUGAGCGGUGGCCAGCCCGGCAGAGUGAUCAAGGCCCGUUUUGUAGACUCGGGGCUGAACGACUCGGAGAUACGUGUAAUCAGCGCCGGUGGUAUUUCCUGCGGGAUUGACGCAAGCCUCUAUCUUGUCAAGCUACUGCUCGGCGAGGAAGAGGCCAUAUCGACGGCGGAGCUCUUGGAUUAUGCGUAUCGCAAGACAGAGGGUGUCAUCAUCGACGAUGACUAG